AUGCUCGCGAGCGCGCGACCGAGCGCGACGACGCGCGCGCGAGGCGCGACGCGCGGGACGGGGCGACGAACGACGCGCGAGGCGCGGCGGGCGAUCGUCCCGCGCGCGUCCAACGCGGAGGAAAACGCGAAAGAUGCCCAGCGAUGGAUCGACGCGUGGACCACGCGCGGGACCGCCGACGGCGCGACCGACGGCGCGUCGAACGCGCGUGCGCUCAGAGAGGGCGAGCUGAGCAUUAAGCAGGGGUUGCUCGGGACGUUCAUCAAGGAUGGGGAGGAAGAGGUGACGGCGGAGAAGUACCGGGAGUUCCAGGCGGAGAUCGCGAGAAAGAAGGCGGAGGCCAAGGCGCGACAGGAAGAGGCGAGGAAGAAUAAGAAGGGCCCGUUCGGUUUGUGGUAA